AUGAAUGCAGCAAAAUCAGGAGUACAAAAUGCCCCAAUUUUGAAAUUGCCAGUGGAGAUUAUUAAACAAAUAUUGGAAAAAUUAAAUCCGAUUGAAUUGGCGAUUCGGAAAGUGUCCCGUAGUUUUGAAGUGCUUCUGGAUAAGCUUCCUUGUCAAAUCAGGAAACUUGUUCUUUGGGUUUCAGAAGAUUUUCCAACUAUUAUUGUGAAUGAUGAUUAUGAGAUCAAACAUGAGACGGAAAAUUGUGCUAAAAACGUUAUGCAAAAAUUUUCUGGAAUUCUUCAAAUUCCAAACCUUGAAUUUGAAUCAUUGGAAAUCUUCCUUUGGGAUGAAGAAACAAGAGACAUGUAUUUCAAAUUAUUACUUAAAUAUUUCAAAUCACGAACUGAUCGCAUUUACGUCAAGACAUGUGUAUUUGGAGAGCUGAAAGUUAGCCAAAUUGCUUUAAUUCUACCAUUUUACCAAGCCGGCACAUUAGAAGAAAUUCACUUUGCGAACAAUGGAGAGACAGACGAUUUAGAGCAAAUUGUGCAUUUGAAGCAGUGGAAAAGGGCGAAACGAUUUGUGGGGAGUGGAGAUUUGGAAGCUUACUCUAUUACUAUUCAACACUUAUUCCAUUUUGUUCGAUUCGAAGUUCAUAUUGAUCGAUUUUCAAUAGAAGAUGCAGUUUCAAUUAGAGAUAAACUGUUGAAAUCUGCAAGCUUUGAAAAUUGUACUCUAUACUUUCCUCAAACGGAUUACCUGGAAAUUACAAAAAUUUUUGGGCCGAUGUACACAGGAAGCAUUGGAGGAACAAUCAACUUUAAAGCAGAGAAGACCUGGAGUUAUAGUUUGAAAUUUGGACCAACUUUUAUUCAAAUAACUAGAAUCGAAUCCCAAUCAUAG